AUGACACAAGAUCUUGCUGAGCGUAAAGCACGGGAGUUAUGUAUCCAUAAACAAGUUAACGAUUUGGAAUUGGAUCCAGCUGGGUGGAAGAAGUAUCUCCUUUUGGAAACAGAGACUAAAGGUCCAAUGGGAGUGGAUAAAGGGAAAAGUUUAGCAAGCUCAAAGACUGCUCAUGAUCAGAGUAAAGAGAUGCUUUGGAAUAAACACAUGAUGGAAAGGGGAGGCAGUAAUAAAUUCAUGGGUGCAUCCUUCAAAGCUGCUUUGAGUAAUGGUAAUUUGCUUCCUGAGGGGGUGGAUCCGAAGGGUUUGGUUAUGAUAAACCCGAAAGUAAAAUCUACUACUGAUGGUCCAGAAGUUCUUCUCAACCCGCAGAAUCAACGGUCAUUGGCUCUGGAUUUGAACAGAGAAGGACUUAAGGAAGAUGGGGAUGUGGCUUUGAUCCCUAAAGAACCGACAAUAGGUGAUCCCUUACAACAUAUCGGACAGAAAGAAGGAUUUGGGAGUUAUGUUCCCACUCUAAACCAUUUGAAAUUCAAGGCUGGAGUUGAUUUUGCAAGUGGAUCUAUUACAAGUGGUAAAAGUAGAAACUCCAGGCAGACGACUACAAGAGGUAGAAAGCUACAGAGCAAUGCUAGAAAAACUAGUGACAUGCUACCUAAAGCACUUGCUGAGGGAGAAACUGAGAAGGGUCGUGUGGUUAAGAGUAAGAUUGUGGAUGAUGCAGAGGAGGUGCCAAGUUAUGGCAAUAACAUGUCAUGGGCAGGAACUUGUGAGAUUGUGAAGCCGGAUGGAACCAAAGAGAGUGUUUGGAUUCAAUGUCGGUUAGAUCGUGCUUUUGGUAACUCUGAAUGGUUUCGUUUAUUCCUGAGAACCCAAUUUGAAUAUUUGGAGAGACAUGACUCGGAUCAUCGGCCUAUUAUUACUAGGAUUCAGACAAAGGUUGCAGUCACUACGGUAAAUUCUGGUUUGACAAAAGAUGGUGCCGUAAACCAGAGGUUAUUGAAGUAG